AUGACUCUGGGCACCACAGCAUCUCUCGUCAACGGCAUCAUGUUGCCCUUCACAUCGCUACUCUUUGGAGAUCUUACCUCGGCAUUUGUAUCACAGGAGAAAUACGCAAAAGAUCCCAGAUAUUUGAACAACACAGCACUGAGUUACGAAAAUAUGUUCGCAAGGUACCAGCCAUUACCUGCAUUAGAAGAAUCUUACGGGAAUAGGAGAAUAGUCGAUAAUCAGUUACAAAACCAGUUCGAUUUGAAUGGAUUGAACAAGAGAAAAUUCCACAGCAUUCUUCUUCCAAGUCGUAGAAGGCCUGGAAUGAACUACCAGUUGAAAGUACUAAGAAGCUACACAAACGGUUUCUGGACGACCAAGGCAAGCGAGUCCCGAACACCAUAUGUCAAGUGA